GUUCACAAAUUGUAAAACUCUUUCUCCUUUCUUCUCUUUCUCUCAUAAAAUUUUCUCAAAAAUAAAUAAAUUAUUCUUUAGAUUCUGUGUGAAUACAAGUCAUACAAAUUCUAUGUGUGAAAUGUCAACCGGUGGCACCACCACCACCACCGCCACACACCACCGUCGCCACGUCAUUAUGACCACCACCAACGACCCUGAAAAAUCAUCAAGCGAUUACAAUUUAUCCGAUGACGAUAAUAAUAACAACCCUGAUACUUGCAACACGAAUAUUAACAAUUGUGUUAUUCUUCAUCAUUAUCAUCACCCGUUAAUAAAAUACUUAUUGGUACGUAAAAGGGUGUCUGAAAAUAUUGUUUUUAGACUAGAAGAAUGGGUUUUGAGAUCAAGAAAGAAUAUGGUUCGUAUGGUUUUUGGGUUGUUAAUGUUUUUAAUGGUGGCGUCUGUGUUCGUUAAGUUUUCAUUUAUGAUGAGUACUGGUAAUGUUGAAGAUAUAAAUGGGAAUUUUAUGAGAAAAGAGAAUGGUGGUGUUUUUGUUCUUGGUAAUUCUAAGAAUAAUUUAGUUAAUGCACAAAGGGUUCUUUCGGAAACAGAUUCUUCUUCUUCUUCUUCUUCUUCUUCUGGGGAUAUUGUGCAAAAACGUCAGAUGAAGGAAAUACCAGUACCAGAAAUAUGGAUGAAGCCAAACAGUGAUAACCAUUACCAAUGCAUUUCUCGGCCAAAGAAUCGCAUAAGAACUGGCUCAUCGACAAAUGGCUAUAUCUUAGUUCAUGCAAAUGGAGGAUUAAACCAAAUGAGAACAGGGAUAUGUGAUAUGGUAGCUAUUGCAAAAAUAAUGAAUGCCACUCUGGUUCUUCCUUCUCUUGACCAUGAAUCCUUUUGGACAGAUACUAGUGAUUUUAAAGAUAUUUUUGAGUGGAGACACUUCAUUGAAGUUCUAAAGGAUGAUAUUGAGAUUGUUGAAUCUUUGCCACGAAAAUAUGCAGCUGUGAAACCCCUUCAAAAGGCGCCUGUGUCUUGGUCCAAGGCUAGUUACUAUAGAGGAGAGAUACUUUCUUUACUAAAGAAGCACAAGGUGAUACAAUUUACCCACACGGAUUCGAGGCUUGCUAACAAUGGCCUAGCAUCGUCCAUUCAAAGGCUUCGAUGUAGAGCUAAUUAUCAGGCUCUGCGUUACACGAAUGAGAUAGAGGAUUUUGGAAAGAAGUUGAUCGAUAGACUUCGAGAUAACGGUGAACCAUAUAUCGCUCUCCAUUUAAGAUACGAGAAAGACAUGCUAGCGUUUACUGGCUGCAGCAACAAUUUGACGGUUGAAGAGGCUGAAGAACUUCGUAAAAUGAGGUACGAAGUGAAACAUUGGAAAGAGAAAGAGAUAGACAGCAAGGAAAAGCGACUCCAAGGGGGCUGCCCUAUGUCUCCAAGGGAAGCUGCUUUAUUUCUCAAGGCGAUGGGAUAUCCGUCCACGACAAGAAUAUACAUUGUUGCAGGGGAAAUUUAUGGCAACAACAGCAUGGAUGAAUUCCGUACACAUUACCCGAAUGUGUUCUCUCACUCAACGCUUGCAACAAACGAAGAACUCGAGGCUUUCAAGAAUUAUCAAAACCGUCUUGCUGCUGUAGACUAUAUGGUAGCCCUUGAAAGUGAUGUUUUUGUUUACACUUACGAUGGCAAUAUGGCUAAGGCUGUGCAAGGUCAUAGACGGUUUGAAGGAUUUCGAAAGACCAUUAGCCCUGACAGGUUCAAUUUUGUAAGAUUGACCGACUCGUUGGACAAGGGUGAAAUCUCCUGGGAAGAGUUUGCUUCAAAAGUUAAGGUCUUACAAUCGAACAGAUUAGGAGCACCUUAUCUCAGACAAGCCGGUGAAUCACCAAGAUUAGAGGAGAACUUUUAUGCAAAUCCUUUACCUGGUUGUUUAUGUAAUAGAUCAGAGGAAGAAGCCAGGAAACAGCAACUCAACAAGAGACCAAGUUUGAGGAUUGCUUCACAAAGAUAGGUAUCUGUAUGAUCAUAAUUUGGUAGAUUAGUCCAAUAUCAAUACUUGUUCUACAUAUGGCCUAUAAGGGGUUGCCAGAAGUCGGGUUUUUCGUUGCCCUUCAUACUGCGCGGCUAGCAGUAAGAAAGUGAGAUUAUUGUAAAACGCAAGCAGCGCUUGGGGCAGAGAUGGUGGUUUAUAAGAUGGACAAAAGAAGCAUAUACAAAGCAGAGAUAUACUCAAAUCAUUCUUUAGGGU